AUGGCUAUAUUGCACAGCAAUAUUGUGUAGUGUUUCUCAAUAUCUAUAAUUGAUUAUGAAAGAUGUUUUAAACAAUAUAUUAUGCCUAAAUUACAAAUGUUUCUAUCCAAAUAAUGAAAUAUCUUUCCAAAUUGAUGAAUUUCAUUCAAUAUUUAAAAAUAAAACAGUUUCUAUUGUAUGUAAAGUAGAAGACUACUUUACGUUUUUACUCCGUCUCAAGGGCAAUGCACUGUGGGUACGAUUUGUGUAUGGCGCAUGCGCACAUCAGUUUACAGUUGGAUUUUGGCAGAAAAUGGCGUCAGCGAAGUUCUUGGAGGAAGCUCUCAGCACAGACGUGGAUGAGUCGGCAGUGAACGCUUUAGUUGGUUCUCUUGAAGAUCAGUUGGUUACAACAGCUCCUAAUGCUUCUAAUCCACAAGCAACUUCUGUUACAGUGAAUCAAAAUCAUAUGACCAGCUCUAUUUCAAAUGGGGGCACAGUAACUACUCAGAAACAUGGUGUAUCUAACGGUGGGUCAGACUCUAUGAAUAUUAUUUUAAACAAUGACGCGAAUAAAGUUUUACCUAGUGCUUCUCAUCAAAGUUCGAACACUUUACCUACGAGUGUCGUGAAUACAGUUGUUGCUUCGUUACAUGGUGGUGUUACGUCUAGUGGUUUUCUCAAUCAAGUGACUUCUAAUAUAGGCUUAGUUCAGCCUAAUCUAACUAAUGUUAACAAACCACAAGAAAAUGUUAAAUUAGUGUUCCCAUCAAAUAGUCAAGCUGUGACAACAAGUGUAGGUGUUAACAUAAACAAUAGAGUAACUUACGCAAAUCAAACAACUUCCCUCCCAAAUGGUAGUAUAGGCAUAACACAUAGUGGCUUGAAUGUUACAUCAACUAAUGUACAGAGCAUUGUUACACAGAGUUAUUCACAAGCUGGUAGCAAUGCAAAUAAACAGGUAGGAAGUGUAGUUGGCAUGGACCAGAAUAAACCGACUGGAACGGCAUUAGUAAUAAAAUCUAGUGGAAAUUCUCAUGGGACGCAAGGUGCUCAGAUGACAACUGGCGUUGUUCCUGUUUCGAUGACAGUUAAUUCUACAAUGACUCUGACUGGAUCUCAUGCCGUUAAUACGGCUAUAAAUACCACCACGUCUUCUGGAGUACCUGGCGUUGUUACGUUAGCCAAGCCCAUCAAUCAGUCUGUAGGUACACAGCAGACAAUCGUUGGAAAUAAUCCUACAUUAAUUCCGACCAAUGUCCAAAUACUCAAUGUGAAUGCUAUUCGAGCUGCCGCCCCAGGACAGGCGGGGCAAAAGACAUUGCCAUCAAGGGUUAUGAUAGGCCCUCAGAUGGUUAGUGCCAGACCUGGCCAACCAGGACAGAUCACGUUGCAAGCACUGCAAGGCCUGCAGCCGGGCACUCAAGGUCAUCUGCUGGUCAAGACUGAGAACGGCCAGUAUCAGCUGUUACGGGUGGCCGGCACUACGCAGACGCAGACGGCCGCCAUAGCGCCAAACAACGCCGCCGGAACUGCCUUUCGCAUGCAACAUGUCCCUGCUGCGGGAGGUGCCGCAGCAGGGACUAUUCAUACCCAGGUGCCGGCUUUGGCUGCUACAACCACCACCACUACCACACCAACCGUUGUUACACAGCAGCAGCAGCAGCAGACCCAACAACAACAGCAGCAGACGACACAGCAACAGCAGACGACGCAGCAGCAACAACAGCAGACGACAACAGGAGGCGUGGCCAGCCAACAGCAACGACACGGCGUCGACACGACCAAGGAGAAAUGCCGCAAGUUCCUGGCCAACCUGCUGGAGUUGUCGAGUCGCGAGCCGAAGGCGGUCGAGACCAAAGUGCGCACUCUCAUCCAGGAGCUCGUCGACACCAAGGUGGAACCGGAACAGUUCUGCGAUCGCCUCGAACGGCUGCUCAACGCCUCGCCGCAGCCUUGUCUUAUCGGCUUUCUCAAAAAAAGUCUACCACUACUUCGACAAUCAAUGGUGACGAAUGAACUGGUAAUAGAAGGAAUUCGGCCGCCUCCUCGCAAUGUAGUAUUCUCAAUAGCAUCGACAACACCAACCAUCGUUCAACCACAACAAGUUCAGACAAGUCAAUCGACGGUAGCAAUGACGACGAGCGUUCGACCACAAGUACAAAUGAACACAACACCACAGAUGAGGGUGAUCACUCACCCGAACACCACCCCUGUCUCCACCCCCACUCGACCAACUCAGCAGAUCCAGCAUCGCAUCGUUACUAAGUACCUACAGCCAAUGCGGGUUCCGUCGCCGGUCACGACAAAGGUGAUGAACGCCGUGUCGACGGGGGGCGUGAGGGGGGUGGGCACGAGUGUGGGGAUAGGGGUGGGGACCGGGGGGCCGACAACACCUCAAGUGGUGCGUGUGCAGACGACACCCGUACGCGCAAACGCACCCACAACCACCACCAUCAUCAAGACGCCGAGCGUCGCUGCAGCGCUGCAUCUCAAACAGCAGCAGCAGCAGAGUCAUGCGGCUGCUUUGCUCGCGGCAAAGGCGGCGGCAGCAGCGGGGGGCAGCAUAGGGGUGGGGGUGGGAACGGGGGGACUGGCCGCCUCUCGGUUAACGACGACAUCGAUUGUGACGUCAGCCGCCUCCAAGGCUCCCUCCUUCCUCCUCAAGGCGGUCACCGCCUCCGCCGCCGCCAAAGACAAGGAGAAAAAAUCGUUCGCCUCGGCCGGGGGCGGGGGAGGCGGUGGAUACACGGGUGAUGACGACAUCAAUGACGUGGCGGCGAUGGGAGGUGUGAACCUGGCCGAGGAGACGCAGAGGAUAUUGGGCUCCACCGAACUCAUUGGCACCCAAAUCAGAUCCUGUAAAGACGACCUCUACCUGCACGCUUCACCUCUUAUGCACAAAAUUUGUCAAAUAGCUUCUCGACAUGGCCUUGAUGACCCUACCUCGGACGUGGCGUCCCUAGUAUCGCAUGCGACACAGGAGAGGCUAAAAACACUUGUAGAAAAACUGGCUGUGAUAGCUGAACAUAGGAUAGACUUCAAUAAGGCGGAUAGCCAGUACGAGGUGACACAGGACGUGCGCGGGCAGCUGAAGUUGCUGGAGGAGUUGGACAAGGCGGAGCGAAAACGGCACGAGGAGCAGGAGAGGGAGUUGCUGCUCAGGGCGGCCAAAAGUCGCAGCAAGACAGAGGACCCCGAGCAGGCCAAGCUCAAGGCCAAAGCCAAAGAGAUGCAACGAGCCGAAAUGGAAGAGUUGCGACAAAGAGAAGCGAACCUUACGGCGCUGCAGGCUAUCGGCUCUCGAAAGAAACCAAAGCUCGAGUCAUCAGAUAUGCUGGCGAGUAGUGGGCAGUCCUCAUCCGGUAACUCCACAAAUACAAGUAGCAAUAGCAGUCGAUUCCAAUUGGCGAGCCGUCCGCGCUUAAAGCGAGUGAACCUUCGCGAUCUGCUCUUCCUGCUGGAACAGGAGAAGGAGUCGUGUCGGACGCCGCUGCUCUACAGGGCGCACCUCAAGUGAUGCAUGUCCUUCCCCCUCCCCCUUCCUCCUCCCACUCCUCACCCCCCACCACCACCACCACCACCAAACUCAGCCGACGCCGCCUAGGGACCAAGUUAGUUGAAUAAUUCAAUUGUACUGUACUGUGUGUAGAUAGAUAGCAGUUGACAGACACCAAGUGGCAUUCGCUUUCAACUGUCAAUGCUUACCCCAAUCAAACAAUGCUUACAGUUUCCGUAAAAAUUAUUAUUCUGAUAAUAAUUAUUGAUUAAUAAUUCUUUUGAUUAAUAAUUAUUAUAACAAUUGCUUCCCGUUCAACCAAUGCUGACAGCCCUUAACUCUGAUAAAAUACUUUGAAGCAAUGGGAAGCAUUGAAAGUGAAAAGUGAAUGUGAAGUCGCUUCAGCAUUGUCUAUCGGCUGGGUCGAUCAAUGUUUGAUUUCAGAUCAACCCUUGGUGACCGAUCAACUGAGUAGAUAAUAAUUUUCCUAUUAUUGAGUUGAAUAGUGGUUCAAUUUGCUAGUGGAGAGGGAUUACUGUUAAUUUUCUCCAAUCAUUUAAUUUUUACCAAUCAUUUUAAUGAAUUGUGUAUAAUAUUGAUCCAAUAAUAUGAAUAUGGUUUCCCUCGAUAUUAUGGAAUGUCACAUUCCUACAACUUUUUAAUGUUCUCUUCUAAAAAAAUCCAGUUGUGACAUUUUAUAAGUUUGUCAGUUUCUUUUUCAAAUUGACAACCUUCUUUUGGUUGAUCUCUGAAACCUCAUUUGUAAAUAAUUUAUAUAUUUUUUAAUUAAUUCAGUUGAUGAUAAAAAAGUAAAAUUCGUAAUGGUCAACUAUAAUUUUAAAAAAAUCUAUAAUUCUAAAAAAAUCCAGUUGUGACAUUUUAUAAGUUUGUGAGUUUCUUUUUCAAAUUGACAAACUUCUUUUGGUUGAUCUCUGAAACCUCAUUUGUAAAUAAUUUAUAUAUUUUUUAAUUAAUUCAGUUGAUGAUAAAAAAGUAAAAUUCGUAAUGGUCAACUAUAAUUUUAAAAAAAUCUAUAAUUCUAAAAAAAUCCAGUUGUGACAUUUUAUAAGUUUGUGAGUUUCUUUUUCAAAUUGACAAACUUCUUUUGGUUGAUCUCUCCAACCUCAUUUGUAUAUAAUUUAUAUAUUUUUAAAUUAAUUCAGUUGAUGAUAAAAAACUAAAAUUCGUAAUGAUCAACUAUAAUUUGUAUGUGUAUGGUCUGAUAAUCAUUUUCCUAAAUCGACUUUUUCUUGAGUUCUGAUAUUCCAGAACCUUUAUGAUCAAUGAUAAUCUUAUGAAAUGCAUUACUGUCGUUUUUCUUAACAAAUAAAUUACCGACUUGCAGUCAUCUUUUACUUUAAAUGGAUGGGUUUCUUUGUCUAUCUCAGCCUGGUUUGGCUCCUUCAAAGAAUCCGUCGAAUUUCAUUCAUUGAAGCCAACAAAGCAUAGUGACAUCAAUAAAAUCACUUUGUCAUAGUACUGUAAAAAGCGUUUUCCACAAACUAUUAUUUGAAAGUAUUUCCUCACAAUAGGUACCUUGUGGAGUUAUCUUUAUUCUUCGCACUAGUGCAAUUUUCUCAAAUUCUAUUAUGAAUUUGUAAACUAUCCAUGUAGUUUGCUUAUUUUGACUUUCCAUUUGGUUCCAAAUCGAGUUGACAUGUAAUAAGAAAUAAAUUCUAUAAUUUUAAAUUUUAAAGAUUGUACUAAGACUUAUUUAUAACAGUUUUAUAAAUUAUUGAGUGCCAUUAUAAAUUAAUGAUACUUGAGCUCAGUAAAUACUAAAAUUAAAUAUUUUACUAAAAUCAUAGUUUUACUAUAAAGCAAAACUAACAAUUAAACAACAUUGUUACUCAAUUGCUUUUCUAACAAAUAACACAAAUAAUUAAAUGUAAUAUUGUAUUUUAAAUCAAUCUUCAUCUGAUACCUCUUAUAAUCCCUAGAUUUUAUUGAAUUUGAUAAGAUGAAUAUAAUUUGGCAUAAAUAGUAAAAGUCUACAACCAUGAGUUUUGAAACUACAGUAGUAUAAUACCAUAUAUAUUUUGAUUUUUAACGCAUUAGAUGAAAAUAUUUUUGUAUAACAUGCAUAUUAUGAAACUAAUUCCAUUUAAUAAUGCGUUAUUACAAUAUAACGGUAAAUAACGGUAAAGUAACUGAUACACAAUGUGAUAACCUAAGAUUAAGUACGGUAGUAGUUGACACCAAUAAAGUAAUUUUGUUUCCCCUUUUGAAAGACUUCUGUUCGUUUUUCAUUUUCUAUUGAUUUUUCUAUCACAAAUAAUUAUUCUGAAAAUCCUGUUAUCAUCAUCAUCUCGCUAUAUACGGAGGACAUUUCAUUCUGAAAAUUAGUUUUCUAGAGUGCUAAUAUUUGAUCAGAAUGUUGGUUAACGUUUUUUUUGUGUAGUUGAGAAGUUGAUAUUGUGGUAAUUAUUCCUAUAACAUUUUGACACGUCUUUUUGUUUAAUUGGUUGUUAAAGUACUUGUCAUUACUGCGUGUCGGUAUAUCAAGUAAAGAUUGUAAUGUAUUAAAAAUACAUUGGAUUUGGUAUAAUUGAAAUAGUGUAGCGAGUUUCUAGUUUAGGCUUAUAAGUUUAUUAUUCUUUGAAUUCUCGACAACUACCGAAUGCUUCGAUCAAUCAACUUCAAAUUUCGAACACACAUUCUUGGAGCCGUUAUACACAUCAAGCUCUCUCAUACGUUCGUCAUUUAUUAUGUGAAACAUGAUAUUGUUAUGUAUAUAAUUAAGGAAGGAAAUAUUUUUCCUGUUUCUCAUCUCUAAUUCGGUAUAAUUUUAAUGAUAAGUGAUCUUGUACAAAUGGAUAAAUAUCAAUGAUGAUAAUAUUUUAAUAGAACAUCUUAAAUAUGGAGUUCUGGGUAUUCCAUUAAUAUUAUUUUACAAAGUAAUUUUCCCAUAUUAUGGCCGUAAAUGUGGAUUGAGGGCGGCAAUUUUGAAUAACCACCACAGACUCAAUUUUGAGAUUCACCACAAACUGUCAGCAUCUGUUGAAUGGGGGAAGAAACUGACAUUUUUAUGACCAUUGAUACAUCACUCAAUUUCUUUGGAAUAUUUGAACCAAUAAGUAGUGUGAUAAUCCCUUUUAUUAUACAUUGCAUUACAUCGUACCAAGUAUAUAUAAUCUGAACUAAAAUUUUGUAUAAAUGAUCUCAAGUAGUUCAAUCUAUCAACAGAUCCCUCUCCACUGCAAUAUCUCCAACAAGAAUCAUGCUAUUACAAAAUGUUUCUUCUGUCAGAUAAAUAAUAUAUUUUAAUGUAGAUUUUGUUACUAUAUUAUUUUUGUAAAAAUAUGUUUUUGUUGUUGUUAUUACUAUUAUUUGUUGUGUUGUUUUGAUUUUUGACUGUAGUUUUCUAGUAAACGAGAGAUAUUAUUGUGUACUAUAUUGAUCCUGGAACAAUAUUAUUUGUAUAUUUUUUCGAUUUUAAUCUGUAUUUUGUUGCUCCUACUAUUGACAGUAGGAUUCAGUGAUAGAGUUUUAAAACUUAUAUUCAUUAUGUUUCUAUUUUGAAAUCGUGAAAAAUUAUUUUUUGUUUCAUAGAAAAAUUCUAUCUACGACUAUGUAUGUAAUAUUGAUACCAAAACAGCUAUUUUUUAAACAUUUGGCUAUUAUUGUUCAACUAAACAGAUUCAUGAACUAUUCAGAAUCCAUUUUUUGAUGGGAUCAGUAUCAUCGUUGACGGAGCUAAGACUAGCUGACUAUAUUUAUCAUUUCAUUAUACUAAUCAGCUUCAAUAAUACUGGAGAAUGUAUGAAUUUUCAGCUCUGAUGCGCUGUUCCACCAAGCUCGGUCAAGACAUUUGAACAUGGUCAAAUCAGGUACGGUUUACUAGUGGACUGGAACAUAUGAUUUCUAUGGAGAUAGUUCCAGUGCACACUUUCGAAGUGGCCAUGUUCAAAUGUCUACCGAGCUUAGUGAAAUCGGGCAAUAGAAAUUUAUCAAUAUUGUGGUAGCGUAUACAUUACUGUCCAAAUCUCGCCACGUCAUCAAAAAAGUCAUUCUAUUGUAGCUUUUAUAAUCGAUAUUUCCAAAAUUCAAUAAUGGUCGUAGAUAAAAAAGAUGAUGCCACGGUUGUAUUCUGCUUUCAAACCAUAUCAUAACCUAAGUGUCUGGUUUAAAUAUUUCAUCAACAUUAUCAUUUUCAUUGAUUCACCUACCUGUAUCUUGGUUCAACACAAAAAGUGAAUCAUGAUUCUUAAUAAUCAAAUCAUGUUUCCAUUUCACGUUAUACUAAGUGUAAUUUAAUUCUAUUUUAUUGAACACGGAAUACUCAUACUAAUCGAUUUCUAGAAUAUUUCAAUACUAUGAACCAUGAAUAACGAAAAUCAAUAUUCAACAUGUAAACUUAUUGAAACGUAUUUUACUUGAAAAUAAUGUAAAUUGAACUUUACGCGUAAAUGGCGUGUAGACUUCACUUUCGUAUGCCUUAUCAAAUGAUAUUUAUUAAAUGAUAUUGAUUAAAUAUCAAUGAUAUUAUGUAGAUCUAACGUUCUAAAUGUACUGCUAACAAUGUUUAUGUGUCUUUUUGAUUUUAAUUGAAUUAUUUUUAAUGUAGAAAAACCAAAGAAUCUUUUAAUCUUCCAAUAUAUUGGAUUUUGAAUCAAAUUAUUUUGUUUACAAACAAGUAUUUUAAAACCUUUUUUAACUGAAAUAGCCUCACUAGUUGAGAAUAAUUUUUAAUUAUUUAUUCUAGCUGUUUUUUGGUUAUAAUUCAUGGCCAAAUAAUCAUAGAAAUGUUGAGAUUUUAAAAUCACUUUAACUGAAAUAGCCUCACUAGUUCAGUAUUAAUUUUAAUUAUUUAUUUUUAGCUGUUUUAGUUCAUGACAAAAUAAAACUUGGAAAUAUUGAAGUUUCAGUUGCAUCACAGUUGCCUAUAUUGAAACACUAUACCGGGAAUCCAGUCUUGAUGUCAAAUUAUCGUCUUGGAAAACAUUAGUAAAUUGAAUUAUAACUAUACCAAAGAAUCGGACUCGUAAAGUCCGUAUAUAGGUAUAAUAAAUACGAAUUUGUAAAAUGGUGUUUUAAUUGAAUAAAUUUGAAAUAUAUUAUAACAUUUGAUUUGAGAUUUUAACACUAUAACAUGUGAUUACUAUUAUAACCAUUUUUCCUCUAUAAUUUUAACUAGGAUUGAUCAUUAUUCAUCUGGCUAUGAUUGAAAUUGUUAUAUCAAGCGAUACGAGUAAAUUAGUCAUGUUCUAUAAUGUACAAAAAAUUCUGUAUUCUGUAGAAAACAUUUUAUUUACUUCUCGACGAAAACUGAUUAAUGAAAGUGUCAUUUCUCCGUUGUUGUGUUUAUACAGCUGCAGCAAACUGUCCAGUACUGACCUCGACAUAGACGUUACUGUUUCCAUAGUGCCUCCACGGUCUCACACAGUAUCGACUGGUGAGCCGUCAAUCUAAUUAACUAUCGAAUUAGUGUUGUAUUGCUGGUUCGAGACUUAACAUUGAAUAAUUUAUAUUGGUUACCCACAAGAAUUAUAGUUGAAUUAUAUUGUUGAGCAAAACUAGUGUGUGAUUGUAAUUGUAAGUUUUAGUAAAAAUGCAAAUUUGUCAUCCACGAUGUAAAUAAUUAUUUUUUAACGAUUGGAAGAAGAAUAUUUGAAAUAUUAUUCAAUUUGUACAUAGCGUAUUGUUUUAUAUCAUAAUGUUCCAUUUAGAUUAAUUUAAUAUAAAUAAAUUUUAUUUUUCAAUUGCCUACUUUGUUUUUAAUUUUUGAUUUUGAACUACUUUAUUGUUGGAUAAUACCAGAGACGGGUAGGUUCCCUACAACAAGGUUUCGAUCAUAAAUAUCUUACUAAUUCAACUCCAGGCUCCGUAUAGGUCUUAGUGAUGUCCUUCGAUGAGAACGUUACAUAAUAUUGGUACGGUAUUAGCGGGUUCCUCCUAGAUAGGAUUGCUACUGCUCAAUUCAUAGCAGAGUUUUAUUAUAUAAAAGUGCAGUAAACCUAAAAAUAUGAUGAACUAGAGUGGUAAAAUCAAUAUACUAGAUUAAAAAAUACAUUUUGUACGAAAUUUUAUAUUUGGGGAGCUUUAUUUGAGUAGGAUGGGGGGGGGUAAGUAAUCAUCCAACACCACCUCAAGAUAAUUGAAUUAUCAAUACUUUUAUCUAAUGAGAUGAAUCACUUUAUCAUGAUAAUAUCAAUAUUACCAAUUCCAGAAUUUAAGUUUACCAUAGCAAUUUAAAAUGGUGUAGUGUUUAAACAUUCUUUCAUUUGUAUCGGACAACAAUUUAUUCGAAAAACAACUUUCCUCUACAACUGUAAUAACUAUAGUGAAAUUCACGUUAUCAAGUCAAAACCUGAUUAAUAUUGGUUUGUUAUCUUUGUCUGUCAUUAGACAAUGGAAAUAAUUCUAUCCUUUUCCAUCUCUGCACAGUUUUCAAAUCGCUUGUAGGCUAUGAAGAAAUAUAAUUAACUACCUAAAUAUUCAAUCUCAAACAUGAUAAUUUAUUAUUGAAUUAUAAAUAUGAUAAUAUGUGAGAUAUUAACGACAAGAAUCAACAAAAUAAUAUCAGAUGUACCGGGAUUACUUGAACAUAACUACGCCUUGAAAUUACUUGAAUCACGCCUUGUAUGGAAGGCGUUAGAAAAAGAAAUUUGCUACUAUUCAAUCCAAUCAUUUACACUGAUUAAUGAUUCAAAUAACCUAUUCAAGAGGAUAACCUGAGUUCACAAAACAAAAUAGAAUAGUCCGUAAAAUCGACUCAGAAAAAUUCUCUCAGGUGGCAGACUACCCUAUUGAGUAGUAUGCAGUGAAGGAAAUAAUUGGAAUGAGGUACUAGCAUUAAACUCAUAGGAAAGGUCACGAAACUCAUGUUUCCCCCUAAAUGAAUUAGGGGUCAGCGGAAUUAUUUUCAUAAUUGAUUUAUUUGUGAAUCAAUAAGUUAAUAAUAUCAGUUAUAAGUUAUUAUAUCACUUGAGUAGUUCUCAGAUUCAUUCUUGAACUAAUAGUGAAUACGAUUCUGUCUUGAAUAAGCUUUUGUUUUAGUGAAAAAAUAAUGUCAGUUUCACUGGAUUGAUUGAAAUGCCUUGAAAAAUUCUUCCACUUUGCCACUCCAUUUCGUAUUGAAGUAACUUCCGAAUAGCUUCAAUAACAUAAUCAAUGGAUCUGAAAAUUGGCCUUUGAAAUUGUUGCAGAUAAAUUAUUCUCUACUUCUGUUGGUAUAUCGCAGUUCAUCCCUUUGAUAAUAGUUGUCGCAGUUGCUUCUCAGAUAUUAGAUCUGAUAAUAUCGUUUCAUUGUCUCUUUUCUUAUGGGAUACAUGACAUGUAGGAUAAUAUGAUCAAAUGUACAAAAAGGAAGAAUGCAAUGUCAUGUUGCUUCUUCUACAGUUGACUGUGGGCUAUAGUUUUCUGUUUCACUAAGAGAUUGUUAGCCUUACAGUCUCAACUGCUUUCCUAGUGGCUGUGUUUUGUUAAAAAUAAAGUUCAAAAUUUUCUCUAAGAACACAAACUUCUCAGUAUGUUUUCGAGAUUAUGAAAAAGCAAUAUCAGAACGGUUCCUUCUAGUAUCGAAUAAGGAUCAUUCAAAUGUAUCUACUUAAUAGAACCUUAAUUCAAUACAAAACUCAAACCAACUUUAUAACACACUGGUUGGUCAGUAGUCAAUUAAUGCGAUCGUAGAUGAUAAUUAAAUGUGUAUUGAUUAUUGUUAUCACUAUUGAAAAUAAUAGUCUCAGUACAUUGAUAUCGGGGAUUAUUUUAAUAUUUUAUUACGCAACUUGAUUGAAAACUUAUAUUCUCACACUUUAAAAACAAUAUUUUUCUUUAAAAAUUCUACUUUUUUGGAAGUGAAUAAAAUAUAAUUAUUAUUAUUAACAUUUCAUUUAAGUUACUAUUUGAAAUUUUCUUCUAUAAAUAUCAAUGAUUAGUAGAAUUUAAAUUUUAGAAUACAAUUUAUUGACAUAUCUUAUCAAAUUAUGUAUAGAGUAUAUAAAAUUAUUAUUUUGAAAUCGGAAUUUCAUUUUCAUUUUAAAAUUCUAUUGAUUCUCGAAUUGUAGCAUUUAAAAAAUAAUAAUUAUGUUAUGGGCUGAUAUCACUUCAUUCACUUAUAAUCUCAAUUUUUAGUCUAAUUUUCAAAUUUGUUAGUCUUUGAAUUAGUGAAUUGGUUCAGUGGGUUUUUUAUUUUGAAAAAUAUUCAAAUAUGAGCUCAUAUUUUAAGAGAUUCUCUUGUGAUAUGGUUUCUAUUCUUCAAUUAUCUUUCAUUUUCCAGUUUCUAUCUGUUGACUAAAUGGUUUCAAAUAUUUGUGAUGCAAAUGUUUUAUUAAACAUGUCUACUUCCCGUCUUAUUAAAUAUAAUCAACAAUUUAUUGUUACUAACACAAGUGCAAUUUGAUAGAUUUUGUACUGUUAAGUGUGAACGAACGAAUGCAGAUAAUAACGAUAAAAUGCGGAAUUGAAAACAUUGUGAAUCUUUAUAAUAAUAAAUGAAACAUGUAGUUGAUUUUAGAUAGAAAUAUUAGUCAAACAUUUUUUGUGAAUUUUCUAUUUAAGAUGGUGAGAAUUUGAUUACGUAUGUUUAAUUAAUGUGAAUAUUGUAAAUACAUAAUUGUCAUUUUGUAAAUGAACUCUUAAUAUAUUCGAGAAACAGCUAUUUUUAUGUACAGUGCAUAAAACAACACAAUAAUUAAUAAGUAUAAUGUUUUAAUAAUAAAAAAAUAGUAAAAACCUAAAUUUAUUAAGAAUAUUGUUAGCUUAUUAAAAAGGAUUGUGUUCAUCAGCGUUACGAUUAAUUAUAUGAGGAUAAGAUGUUUUCGAAAAAAAUUAUAAUUAUUUUCAACAACCCUUUGUUAUCCUUCCUUUGCAUGUUAUUUUUCUUUGUAAAUUUGUGUCUAUAGAAAUGUGUCUGGCUUUUGUUAUACUGCUGUACUUCAUUGAACUGUUGAAAACAGUCACUUUGUUUUUGGGAAACAGAGUUGUUAGUUGUGGUGAUGAUAAUUAUUAUUAUUAUUCUGCUUGUUUGAAUAAACCACUUUCAAAAGU